AUGCAGUUUGUUUUCAAGAAGAAGGCUGUAGAAAAAGAGAGAGCAACAAGAGCAAGCUUCCAUGUUGCUAACCUUUUGGCGAAGAAAGGUAAGCCAUUUACAGAUGGUGAACUUAUUAAAAAGUGCUUGAAUGAGGUAGCUAAGGAAAUGUGUCCAGAAAACGUAGAUUUAUUUUCCGCAAUUAGUCUUUCUGCGAACACUGUUGCUCGUAGGGUUGAACAUAUUGAAAGAAAUAUUAAAUCACAGCUAAAAGACAAAGCCAGCAAGUUUGUAUGCUUUUCUGUUGCACUUGAUGAGUCAAUUGAUGUAUCAGACACAUCCCAAUUGUUAUUGUUCAUCAGAGGAAUAAAUGCCAAUUUUGAGAUUACUGAGGAACUUGUAUCUGUGCACAGCAUGCAUGGAACAACAACAGGCAUAGAUAUUUUUAGAGAAGUGGAAAAGUCAGUGGCUGAGUAUAAUUUGGAAUGGAAAAAACUAAAAUGCAUAACAACAGAUGGUGGCAGAAAUAUGUGUGGAACCAAAAAGGGCUUAGUUGGGCAAAUUAACAAAGUAAUUGAGAAUUCCGGUGGAUUGAAACCUUUGGUAUUGCAUUGUAUUCUUCAUCAGCAAGCACUGUGUGGAAAGCAUCUUGAUUUAUCAUCUGUAUUAGAUCCUGUGAUUUCCACUGUUAACUACAUAAGAUCUCAUGGACUCAAACAUCGCCAAUUUCGUGAUUUCUUGGAGGAAAUGAAUGCUGAGUUUCCAGACCUACCUUACUAUACUUCAGUAAGAUGGCUUAGCUAUGGAAAAAUUCUGGCUAGAUUUUUUGAGCUUCGAACUGAAAUUGAAAUAUUUUUAAAUGAGAAAAACCAUUCACAGGUGUUGCUCAAAGACAGUGAAUGGCUCUGGAAAUUAGCAUUUUCAGCCGAUUUAACUAUGCAUCUCAAUGAUUUCACCUACGGAUACAAGGUGAAACUUCACUCAUCUGUGAUUUGUACUCAAAGGUGA